UCAUAAACAUAUGACGAACAUGUUAGAGAUGUAAAUAAGAGGUCAGUUGACGUUUAUUGGUUAAAACUUGCGAAAUCGUCCGUUAAAAAUUACACACGAAUCCCAACUUGAAACUAUUGAUGUAACCUGUGCUAUGGUACACUGUUUCUUGGCCUGGAUCGUUGUACAGUUAGUGUGCGUCGAAGUGGCAGCCGACUACGAUUAUUGUGGCACGGAUUGUAACGGCACGAAGCACACCGUGUGCAAGUACCCUAUGGGUGGCGGCAGACUUUGUGAAAACAACGUCAACGUCUACCUCAGAAAACAGGAGAAACUGUACAUCCUGGAGACUCUGAACAACUGGAGACAAGUGAUAGCCAUGGGGAGUGAGAACUGGGACAAGAAGGUGUCCUACAAGUACUCACAGCCGCCGGCGAGCAACAUGAUGAAACUGGUGUGGGACGGUGAGAUGGGGAUGAUCGCGAAGCGUUGGGCGGACCAGUGCGGGAAGCCGUUGCACGACGUGUGCAGGCGGGCCAUGGACGGCACCGAAGUUGGUCAGAACUCCUACGUGUCCAGCUACGAAGACACGGGCGCCAUCAAUUUGGACAGGAGAGUGGAGCGCACGAAGAGGAUUCACGCAUCUUUGAAAUCCUGGUUCAAAGAGAUCGAAUUCUUGGAUCCGAAUUACGUGCACAACUAUAAAUCGGAUUUUGAGAACACGACCUCUAACUACACGCAACUCGCGUGGGGGAACACCGUCUACAUAGGUUGCGGGUAUACGGAGUUCGCCAUGGGUGGUGGGACUAUCGAGUACCGGUUCAUCUGCAACUUCAAACCGAAAGGGAACUUACCUGGAAAGCCGGUGUACAGGACGGGCGAACCUUGUUCGCAAUGCCCUCCUAAGUCGAGUUGCAGCAUCACCUGGACCACCCUGUGCUUCAACGGAGAAGCAAACGACUUCGAAGAGCCCAGCAUCGGAAUGCACAUACAAAGAGCGAGUCCACUCAUAAGCCUGGGUAUGGUUUUAUGUCUAGCCCUGUUUUAUCAUCUUCAUAAAAGAUUAUCGUAGGAUUACUCUAGCGUAAAAUGUUUACCGAAAUAAAUCAUUUUGGAAACUA